CAAGGACACAUUAACACUUUAUUUUCCUCUGCAGGUUUGUGCAAUAAUGGAAAAAGGAGACUCGUUUAUAAUAUAAAAAUUUUGGGCUUGGUGCUUAAUGCCAUUCUGAUCAUUUCCUCCAUCAUCAUCAUCAUCAUCAUCAUCAGAAGCACUGGUUUAUCAGGGAGAAGUGCAGUAUUGCCAACCGCCCUACCUUCUCCUUCCACUCCAAAUGAAUGCUGUCCAGAUGGCUGGAUUGGCUACCAAAGGAAAUGUUACUAUUUUUCGGACAGUGAGAGAAAUUGGACUUAUAGCCACAAUUACUGUGCCUCUUUCGAUGCCUCUUUGGUCGUGAUUGACUCCCAAGAAGAGAUGAGUUUCUUGAGACGGUACAAAGGUCCUCAUGACCACUGGAUUGGUCUCCAAAGGAUGGAUGACCAGGAACCUUGGAAAUGGAUCGAUGGCACCAUUUUCAAGAAAUGGUUUGAAAUCCGGGGAGGAGGAACAGGUGCUUACUUAAACCAUGUGGGUGUUGCUAGCGGCACCAGUGGAAACGACGAACACUGGAUCUGCAGCAAACCAGUUGGUUUGGCAGUGGAAGUGCUGGUCUGGCCCUGCUUCUGUAAUGGACUGGAAUGUGUCCUUUUAUUUAAAAUGCCUGGGUUAUUUGUGGGGCCUGCCCUGUGUUUUUACAUGACUAGAAUGUGUGCUUUUCUUUAAAAUUUAUUAAAAAUCGGUUAUUUGUGGGGCAUAGGAAUCUGUUCAUUUCCUGCCCCCCCGCCCCCAAAAUAUAGUCCGGCCCCCCACAAGGUCUAAGGGACAGUGGACUGGCCCCCUGCUGAAAAAGUUUGCUGACUCCUGUAAUAUCUCCCGCUUGGACUACUGCAAUGCGCUACCUUUGAAGGUGACCCAGAAACUACAAUUAAUCCAGAAUGCGGCAGCUAGACUGGUGACUGGGAGUGGCCACUGACACCAUAUAACACUAGUCCUGAAAGACCUACAGUGGCUCCCAGUGUGUUUCCGAGCACAAUUCAAAGUGUUGGUGCUGACCUUUAAAGCCCUAAACAGCCUCGGCCCAGUAUACUUGAAGAACCGUCUCUGCCCCCAUCAUUUAGGGGGUGGAGGUCCAGCUCCAAGGGCCUUCUGGCAGUUCCCUCCCUGCACAAAGUCAUGUUACAGGGAACCAGGCAGAAGGCCUUCUCAGUAGUGGUGCCUGCCCUCCCAUAAGAUAUCAAGGCAAUAAAUAACUUUCUGACUUUUAGAAGACAUCGGCAGGCAGUGGCUCCCCAUUUGUAGAAUGCUUUUGCCGGGAGGUUCAGCUGGUGCCUUAAAGGGAAAUCUUAACAAUUAACAAUAUCACCCAGU